AUUUUCCUUGAUCAAUGAGUUUUGUUUCGAUGUUCGGCUGACCAAAAAAAUAACAAGCAACUGUCAAGUUGCUGAAUAUUACAAAACGGGUUAAAUUAAAGAUACAAAAUUAAUUUUUAUUAUUAUGGCUACGUACGUACAGCAUAAGUCGACCGCAUUCCGCAAAAUAGAUGAUGUUAGACAACCGCAAACGAAAAGAUCGGAAUCUCGCCUGAAGCGAUAUUCAUCUGUAACUGAUUCACGUGUAUGGAUGAAUAAUGCACUUGAGAACAAAGCAUUUAUCUUUAACUUUAUGGGUCAAGAGUAUGAACCUACUACACUCAAGAAACGAAAAAUUAUGGGCCAAAUUAUACCGAUUGAUAUGAUUUGGAAAAUAUUAAUGAGUAACAAGAACAAUUACAUUUACGAUUUGGAAGAGCGAAUCGAUAAUUUUGUCGAUUUAUUUCAUAAAAUAAAUUUAUCGAAGAAUCAAAUUGCUAAAAUCAGGCGAUUAUGUGCGACAACUUAUCGUUCAAUUAAUAACUAUUUAAUGAAAUACAAAUUAACCGAACGUCGGAGCGAUGACUUUGAAAAAAGUAUACAAGCUUCACCACGCACUAUAAACACUAUUACUGAAACUGUAACUGAAACAAUCAAUGUUGGAAUGAAGACAAUAUCUACAGAAGUUCACGAUUCAUCUACGCACACAAAAAUACGCGCAUAUUGUGAUAAAUCGAGUGGGACAGCACCCCGGGCUGUUUCUGAUGUAUGCUUACAAGUAGUACUUGCCCCCCGUUUAAUGGCGGAUAAAUGUGUUUCUGUUAAAGUACGUUCCUCAAUCCAUCUACAGAAAAAUAAAUCUAUCAACGAGAAACAUACUGAAAUUAGUACAGGACGUUUUAAAAUGCCUAGUAUUCCUCUUAGACGUUCUUCCGCAAGAGACGUAGUAAAUAAAUCUCAAUCAGCUAUUGUGUGCACACAAAAUGCUUCAGUUGACGUGAUGCACAGCAGGUCACGCAGGUCCUGUGUUUCUUUCGCAAAGAAAAGUGAGAUGAUUCCGAUUUGUUUGAAAAUUCAACCACCUGAUGAAGGUGUACGAGUACAGAGCGCCAAAGCUUUCGGACCAGAUGAUUCGAUUAAUCCAUUGGAGAUAAUCGAUGAUAUUAUAGGCUGCGCAUACUCGCCUAGCUCUUCUGGGGAGACAAUUGAAGUGGUGUCCGAAUGCGAGCAGACGUCCUUUAGCGAACGCAAUGAAAUCCGCCCAUCUGUAAUUCAACUAUAUCGUUCUUAUAAAUCGUCCCUGGAAAGUACAUUGAACCAUUCGAAACAUGUUGACGGAUAUGAAACAGACCAUUCAAAUGAAGACGUAGCAAUUUCUAAUCCUAAUUUUAUUGAAAAACAUUUAUCUGAUCCUGGUUUGGCACCAGAAAAAUCAGAUUGUGAUGAAUGUUGUAAACAAGUCGAUACUGAAUCACUCUGCGAUAAAUGUAUUGAUUGUCAAGAUGAGAUAGGAGAAACGGAUGAUGAUAAUGAGCAAUUUGAAGAUUGUAGACCUCCCACUAGAGAUGGUAAGAAAAAGAAAGACCAAGAAACACAUAUUAUUUCUUGCAUUAGAAGAAAACAUGCAAAUAAUAAACCAGAGUCUUCCAAUGAAUUUCAAAACACUAAAUCAUCUGAAGAUUAUAAAAGAGGAAUGAAAGAUGAAGAAACAAAUGUAACAUCUUGUAUUAAAAAAUAUCGAAAGGGCGUAAGUAGUAAUUCGGAUUACUGCGCAUCGUUGAAAAUUGCUGAGGCAGAACUUGCUAAGCACAAAAUACUUGCAGAGAAUGCAAUAUGCCAAUUGGAGUUGGUGAGGCAAACACUUCUAACGAACAAUGUUACUAUUUCUGAGAUUGACACUAUGAAAAUAGCAGAAGCUAUACAAUCAAAUAGUUCUUCAAAAGAUCUAAAUAUCUUCCAUGGUUGCCUUACCGAAGCCUGUGGUUAUGAAGUUGAACCAACUAUUAUUUUACACGAGCAAUUACAGUUAAUUGAACAAGUUUGCAUGGCAAUAAUUGAUACCAAAUACUUGGCGAGAUAUAAAUUAUUAUCGUCCGAGUCUGUUAUGCAAUCUUCUCACGCAAAUAUUGUUGAUAUAGUAGGCAGCGAGACCAAAGGAUACAAUAAACUAAAGCAACAAAUUGAGUUCUAUAAGACGCAAGUACUAAAAAUGGAGCAAAUUAGUCUAGAGCGAAAUCAAUUACAACAAAAUGUGUAUAAACUAGAAGGUGAUUUGAGAGCAUAUAGUGGAAUCAGAAAUGUGUUAGUAUCUGAUCCAGAUAUUGCAGAGUUCUUGCAAGCUGAUGAUGUGAUAAAAGAAGUAUGCGACUUGAAGAGAAAAGCUGAUCUUUGUGAACAGUACGAACAAGACCUAGCAUGUGAAAAGUGUUGUGUUGCUACGUUGAAAGAGAAUUUAUCACAUAUGUCUGCUAAUAGAUUUAACGAAUAUGAAAGUCUGCGUUACAAAGCACAGGAAGCAGAUAUUUUGAGACUUGAAUUGGAUCGUCUUCGAAUUCAAUUUAGCGAUAUUCAUAAGUUACAAGCAGAUAAUAUAAAUUUGUAUAAUAAAUGUGCUGAAUUGCAACGUGCAUCCCAAAUGAAUUUGAAAAACCAUCCUGCUACGGUUUCACAAGCCGUUGGGACAUGUAAAGAACAGACUUUUGAUGAUCAAUCCGAGGAGAUUGAAAAAUUAAAACAAGAAAAGCAAGCUUUACUUUGUGCUGUAGUUGUUAAAGAGUGUGAACUUGUGGAUCAAGAAGAUGAAAUCGAUAGAUUAGUAAAACAUGUUGAUCGGUUAACAACAAAUAAUGAAAUACAACAAGAAAAAUCGAAACAAAUCGUGUCACAAUUAAGAUCGGAUUUGAAUACUAAAAGCUCAUAUAUAACAAAAUUGGAUAAUAACCUUGAAUGGAUGGAGGACAAACUGAAAGCAUCAAUAACAUCAAUUUCAAAAGACUCUAACAAAUGGCAAAGUAAAUUGUGUAAUCUGGAAAGAUCUAGAAUGCAAUACAAAGCUAAAAAUGAUGCCUUAGAGGAUACUAUUAAUGAAUUGCGAAAACAGCUACAAAUGCAAGAAGAACUCAAUCAGACUUAUUCAAUUGAAUUGCAAAAAAAAGCUAAGCAACUAGAAGAAUUAAAGGAGAAAGAUCCGAAUGGCAUAAAUCAAAGAAUAAAAAGUGCCACAAAAAUGGAAUGCAUUCUGAAAAAGUCGCACAACGCUGUGCGUAAAGUGGUUGAAGAAUUAGCAAAGCAAUAUCGCUGCGAUUUAAAGGAGAUUCAAGAAGUUGUACCAGAGUUAAAAGAUAAUUAGUGAAAUUUUCACCAGUUUUGUACGUGAUGCCAAUUGUGCCAAAAUAAAAUUUCAAUAGCCAAA